AUGCCUCCCAAAGUUGCCACCGAGAACGGCCAGAAGGUUGUACCAGCCGACUGCGUCUCCGUCCUCCUUAUGGCUCUCGGUAGCACUACUAUCUCUAAGGCGCAGUAUGACAUGAUGUCAGCGCUCGACGGCACGCGCACUGCGAGCUCAUUUGAACAUCAGUUCCGCACGAUCACGGCCAAGGCCAAGGAGCUGAAAGCUCGUGCUGAACAAGGCGAGACUUUCCAGCCUGUGGCACCGGCCAAGAAAGGUGGUCAGACUACCUCAGGAACACCCAAGGCACCUGCUAGGAAGAGGAAGGACAUGUCUUCCGGCUCCGAGGAUGCUACACCGUCGAAGAAGACCAAGACUCCUAAGCCCCGUGGCAAGAAGGCUCAGACUCCCCUGGAGGAUGCCAUUGAAGAAGACUUUCCCGAUGACGCUGAGGAGUUCAUCAAGAGUGAGAAGAAAUGGGAGGACGAAGUCUUCGCCUGA